AUGAUUGCGAAGUUACUUCUCCUCACGCUUGUGGGGGCGUGUACGGCGUACCAAUACUCUUACGAGUAUGAGUUCCCGUCCUCCCGUCCGUUCAACCAAACCGGCUUCGAGUUCGGAGCCUGGGAGCCGAACCGGGAGUACGUGUACAACGUCACGACGAAGACCAUGACGGCCCUGCCCGAUCUGGAGGACUACUGGACCGGAAUCGUGACGCACGGUUACCUCGUGGUUCGUCCGAAGGAUCACAACUACGUGGUUGCCUACAUCGACCGUCCGACGUACGCCACGUUCAACGAGUAUCUGCCCCGCGGAUACCGUACUGAACUGUCGCACUUCAACCUGAAGUGGCAGCCCAUGCCCUUCAGCUCGAAGCCGUUCGGCAUCUACUACCACAAGGGAGCCGUCAAGGGCUUCUACGUGGAGAAGACGGUGCCCAACCAUGAAGUGAACAUGCUGAAGGCCUGGGUUAGCCAGCUGCAGCUGGACACGCAGGGCGCCUACGUGAUCAAGUCGGAGUUCAACCAGUUCCCGGAGAACAACACCCUCACCGGAGUGUUCAAGACCAUGGAGCCCUCGGUGACCGGAGAAUGUGAAACCCUGUACGACGUCAACGCCAUCCCGGAAUACUUCCUGCAGUCGCACAAGGAAUGGGUUCCCCAGCCCCAGUACCUCGAGGAGGACCAGCACGUCUUCCACGUCGUCAAGUCCCGCAACUUCGACCACUGCGAACAGCGCAUGGGCUACCACUUCGGCUUCAGCGGCUUCAGCGACUUCAAGCCCAACGGUAACCAGAUGGGAAACAUCAUGAGCAAGUCUGAGGUGACGCAGAUGUACCUUACUGGAAACUGGUACAACUACACCUUCCAGUCGGUGUCCACCGUCAACAAGAUCGUCGUCAGCCCGUCUCUGGUCAACAGCCAGAAGGCCAUGGUCUACGCCCAGGUCAACAUGACCCUCAACGACAUCAAGCCGUACGACAAGUUCCCCGAAGGCCCUGCUGAUGAUCGCCAGGUGUUCGUCGAUCUUGUGUACAGCUACAACAUGGCUCACGAUAAGAAGAACUUUGUCCGCCCCGCCAACGAGACCGAUGACUCUUCUGACUCCGACUCGUCCAGCUCCUCGGACUCCAGCUCCAGCUCCAGCUCCAGCUCCAGCUCGGAGGAGGAAGAGAACAAGAAGAUCAGCCCGGCUGAGCAGUACAAGAAGUACGUCGACAAUACCGAGCGUCGUGGAAACCGCAACCGUCGUGAUCUGAAUGCCUACAAGGAGAAGCAGUACUACGAGUCGUACAAGCGCGACCAGUACCGUCUGCGCAAGCACAACGAUACCUCGUCUGACUCGUCCAGCUCGGAUGAUUCCUCCAGCAGCUCUUCCAGCUCGUCCAGCUCUUCGGAGUCUGAUGAGCAGGAUUUCUACGGAAGCUCCUCGUCGUCGGAGUCUGACUCUCUGAGCAGCAGCGAAGAGUUCUACCAGCCCAUCUCGCAAAACCUGAAGGAGGCCCCGUCGGCUCCCCUGCUGCCGUACUUCACCGGCUACAAGGGAUACAGCGUUCAGUAUGCCCACAACGUCGAUGCCGCUCGCCAUGUCUACAAGCUCGCCUACGAAAUCGCCGAGGAACUGCAGGAAAUCUCGCAGGUCCCGAAGUCCAACACCCUGAACAAGUUCACCAUUCUGGCCCGCGUUCUGCGCACCAUGAACUACCAGGACAUCUACGAUGUUUGCCAGAAGCUGUUCGUUUCCCAGAAGGAGCGUGAGGAAGGCAGCAACCACAGCGCGUCGUUCGCCAAGAAGUGCGAUGCCUGGAACACCUUCCGUGAUGCUCUUGCCCAGGCUGGAACCCCGCCCGCCUUCAAGGUCAUCAAGGAGCUGAUUGAGGAGAAGAAACUGCGUGGCGACGAAGCCGCCAGCGUGAUCGCUACCCUGCCCAAGACCAUCCGCUACCCGACCGAGACCGUCAUGCACGAGUACUUCCUGUUGGUGACCUCCAACGCUGUCCAGCACCAGGAGUACCUGAACACCACCGCCAUGAUCUCGUACUGUGACUUCCUGAACCGCGCUCAGGUCAACAACCGUUCGGCCUACAACUACUACCCGGUGCACAGCUUCGGCCGCUUGGCUGAUGCUGACUACAAGAUCGUCGCCCACAAGGUCGUCCCGUGGUUCUCCCACCAGCUCCGUGAAGCCGUCAAGGCUGGCGACAGCGUGAAGGUGCAGGUGUACAUCCGUUGUCUUGGACAUCUGGGCCACCCAGAAAUCCUGAACGUGUUCGAGCCGUACCUGGAGGGUAAGAUCCCCGUGACCCACUUCCAGCGCCUGGCCUUCGUUGUCGCUCUCGACCGUCUAGUGGAGAACUACCCGCGCCUGGCUCGCUCUGUCCUGUUCAAGCUGUACCAGAACACCGGAGACGCUCACGAGGUUCGUUGCGCCGCCGUCUACCUGCUGAUCCGCACCAAGCCCCCAGUGUACAUGCUCCAGCGCAUGGCUGAGCAGACGCACUACGACCCGAGCACCCACGUCCGCGCUGCCGUCAAGACCGCCCUUGAGAGCGCCUCUGAGGCCGAUGAGUUCGAUGAUGAUAUGGAGUUCUCGCAGAACGCCCAGGCUGCCAUCAAGCACCUGAACCCGCGUGACUUCAGCCUCCAGUACUCUGGAACCUACCUGCGUGACUUUGCCUUCCAGGAACUGGAGCUGUCCUACCGCAUGUACUUCUCGCAGAUCGCUUCUGAUGACCACUACAUCCCGAGCGGAUUCUUCUUCCACCUGCGCAAGAACCUGGGUGGUCUGAAGCGUUUCUCGACCUUCUACUACCUCGUCUCGAGCAUGGAAACCUUCUUCGACCUGCUGGACAAGCAGUACGAUACCUACCACAAGCACCAGGACUUCAAGUCGAGCGACUACUACUACAAGUACUACAAGCAGUACCCGAACCUGUUCAAGGACUACUUCAGCCAGUACAGCAAGAACCACAAGUACCAGAACGACUACUACGAGCAGUUCGGAAACAAGAACCAGGAGGAGUUCCAGAAGUGGUCCACCACCCGCAUUGCCAAGCUGCUGAACAUCGACCCCGAGGAGGCUGAGGAGCUUGAGGGUCAGUUCAUGUUCCAGAUCUUCAACGGAGAGCGUUUCUUCGCCUUCAACAACCAGACCGUCGAGCAGUUCCCGAGCCUGGUGAAGAAGUACUUCGAAGAUUUCGAGGAUGGCUUCGCCUACAACGUCACCAAGUUCUACCAGCAGCAAGCCGUGACCAUGGCCUUCCCGUUGGCCACCGGUCUGCCGUUCACCUACACCCUGAAGACCCCGACCAUGUUCAAGUUUGAGUUCGAGGCCACCGCCACCACUCACCCGAGCAUCUACAAGAGCCCGGCUGGAUUCCCCGAGAAGGAAUACGACGACUUCGUGUACAUGCCGCGUUGGUUCAACGGAUCCGCUGACGUGAACUGUGCCUACUCUCGCCUGGUCGAUGCCAAGGUUGGCUUCGUCACGCCUUUCGAUCACCAGCGCUACGUCGCCGGUUACCAGAAGAAGUUCCAGGGUUACCUGCCCUUCAGCUUCGACUUCGGCUUUGACUUCGAGAACAACGACUUUGAAUUCAACGUGCAGCCGCUUGAGCCCAAGAAGGACGUUCUCCUGUUCCACCUGAGCUCGUGGCCGUACACCGGAUACAAGGACAUCACCGACCUGCGCCCGAUGGCCGAGCAGCCGAGCGUGCGCAUCCUGCACGAUCGCGAGCAGACCACCAAGUCGUUCGAGCAGUCCUUCGGCCACGCCAUGACUGGCGUGUCGCUCCGCUUCCAGGCUAAGUACGACAAGGACUUCAUCGACUACGCCUACCUGAUGAAGCACAUCGAGCAGCACGACUACUGGUCCGCCCUGGUCUAUCCGUUCGCCUCGGAGACCUACCACUACCACCAGCUGAACCUGUACUACGAUGCCCAGCGCACCACCGUCCAGAACGUGAAGUUCGUCCUGCAGCACAAGCAGGCCGAUUACGACCAGGACUUCCAGACGGCCGAAGUGAAGCACCCGAAGGGUCGCCACGGAUACUCGGGAUACUACAACGAGUUCAACUACGCCCAGCCCUUCGUCUACUACGCCGGAAGCCAGCGCCGCCAGGAGCAGUUCAUGCGCAACGCCGGAGCCGGAAUCCGCAACAGCGACGUCGAUGUCUUCGACUUCGGAAUCGUGUUCGAGGGCAAGCAGCAGAAGGCCGAAUUCGUGUUCACCACUGCCUACGCCGACAGCCCGGUCGAUGAGAAGGAGCGCUUCCUUGCUUUCUUCUCCUUCAGCCCGUACGUCUCGUCCAGCAACUUCUUUAGCUUCUUCCCCUUCUCGGGCAAGCAGUUCCAGAUGUGCUUCUCCGCUACCAACGAGUACCCGAACAUGCCCAAGCUGAACUUCCUGAACGCCCUGAACCUCGACAAGAUCGGAAGCAUGAACUGGGAGUUGUCUUACGGCGAGAAGUGCCAGGGAGGAUCGCACGUUUCGAUGAAGGGUAAGCUGUACCAGUCCGAGCCCUACCGUCACUUCCUGCGCAUCUCCGAGGUCGGACAGGCCUGCAAACAGCAGAUGGACAAGGGAUACUUCCAGCUCCCGGCUUGCCAGAACGCCACCCGCCAGGCCGGUUACUUUGACCAGUACUCGUUCAACUUCGAGUACAAGGAUGUGUCCGACUACGCCAAGAACAUGACCUACCAGUUCUUCGACUACGCCCGUUACUUCACCUUCCCGUACUGGAGCGAGGACUACUUCUUCCAGGGCAAGCACAAUCAGUUCCAGAUUGACUUCCAGCUGGCUCCGUACUUCGACUACUACAACGCCUCCUUCUACGGUGCUGACCGCAGCUUCGCCAUCCAGAACUACCCGAUCGAGAACGAGUACGCUCGCUACUUCUUCUCCUUCCACCCCGACUUUGACUUCUCUGAGCGCAUGUUCACCUACGCUUACCGCGGCAACUACCACCCGUCUUGCGUCGUCUCCAACAAGUUCGUCAACACCUU